UUUUUCUCUUUGAUUUCAUCUGAAUUUGUAGUUCCUUUUUUGCCACAAGGGGUCACCCUGACUUUCUAUGGAAUCGCAGGUCUCUUUCUAAGUUUACAUUGGUGGCUUCUAAUUUUUUGGAAUGUGGGGAGUGGUUAUAAUUUUUUCGAUAAAAAAAAGAGAAUGGUGUGUUUUUUUCGUUACGGAUUUCCUGGAACAUAUCGUCGUAUUUUUCUCCGAGUUCGUAUGGAAGAUAUUCAGUCCCUCAUACUACAAGCUAACCCUAACCCAGAACCCAGUAGUGGUGUCCUUUAUAUGCAAACACGAGAACAAGGGACCAUUCCUUUGACUCCUGUUGAUGAUUAUUAUGAUAGGACUCCACGCAACGUUAUACAAAAAGCUUGGGACUUGUCCAGAUUCUUGAGUGUACCAAUGGAAAUCGUUCCAUAUUCUUGAGUCUACCAAUGGAAAUCGUUGUAUCAAAAAAAUAAAUGCUUUCUCUAAGAAAGCAUUUAUUUUUUGAUUUCUGUAUUAUUUUGUAUUCUUUAAUUUCCAAAUUAAAGGAAAAAACAAAUUUCUGAAUUACAAAUAAAAAAAGAGAGAAUCGAUUCUCAAUUUAUAUUCAAAAAAUUAGAAAUUGAUACAUAGGCUAGGCUCUAUUACUUGUAUUUACUUGUAAUAGAACUUAUGCUUGAUAGAAAAAUUAUUAUAGUAUUCUAUAUAGUUGACAAAUGAGAUGAAACUGAGUUCAUUAAAGACGAAAAAUGGCAAAAAAAAAAGCAUUCAUUCCCCUUCUAUGUCUUACAUCUAUAGUCUUUUUGCCCUGGUGCAUCUCUUUUACAUUUAAGAAAAGUCUGGAAUCUUGGAUUACUAAUUGGUGGAAUACGAAACAAUCCGAAAUUUUCUUGAAUAUUAUUCAAGAAAAAACGAUUUUAAAGAAAUUGAUAGAGUUCGAGGAACUGUUCCUCUUGGAUGAAAUGCUAAAGGAAUAUCCGGAAACACAUUUUCAAAAUCUUCGUAUGGAAAUCUACAAAGAAACCAUCCAAUUGAUCGAGACGAACAACCAAGACCGUAUCCAUACGAUUUUACAUUUCUGUACAAAUAUAAUAUGUUUCCUUAUUCUAAGUGGUUAUUCUAUUAGGGGUAAUCAAGAACUCAUUAUUCUUAACUCUUGGGUUCAAGAAUUUCUAUAUAACUUAAGUGAUACAAUAAAAGCUUUUUCGAUCCUUUUAUUAACUGAUUUAUGUAUAGGAUUCCAUUCAACUCAUGGUUGGGAACUAAUCAUUGGGUCUGUCUAUAAAGAUUUUGGAUUUACUCAGAAUAAUCAAAUUAUAUCUGGUCUUGUUUCCACUUUUCCAGUCAUUUUAGAUACAAUUUUAAAAUACUGGAUUUUCCGUUAUUUAAAUCGUGUAUCUCCGUCACUUGUAGUGAUUUAUCAUUCAAUGAAUGACUGAAAAAACGAUCCACUGAUCCAAUUAGAAA